CCACUUUAACGUGCCAAUUCAAAAAUAAAUAUAUAUGAAUAUAUUAUUAUAUACACAAGAUUGUCCAUGUUCAUUAAUUUUCCAUAAUGAAUCAUCUCCUUGUCAUGCAGUACAAAAGGUGUUGCUGAUAGACAUGGAGAGCUCCGUUGAGCAGACUCGCUGGGUAUCAUCCUCCAUGUUGGCAUCAGAGGUGAUGCCCACUUACCCUCCUGACUCCAGCUAUCUGGUCCACACUGAGGAGGGCUCGAUGUUCCCCUGCACUGAUGCGGAUCACAGCGGCUUGCCCUCUGUGUUCACCAGCCCCAUCCAUGGCCGCCCAUCUGGAGCUUUUCAACACAGCCCAGUAUAUCCCGUUUACUCCUCUCCAUUCCUCGGCAACCUGUCCUGGCUUGAAGGUUCAAACGGAUUCCCAUCAUCCCCAUCGUCCUGGCAUGGCAGUGCAUUUUCCAAGACGUCCUCCCCGUCCUUCCAUGUCUCCGCGUCCCUCACCUCUGCCAGACCGCCUCGUUCGGCCCUUCCCUCCCCUCCCCUGGACCAGAAGGAGAGUGUGAAAGGAGAGAGAUUGAGUCCUCCUGGAGGAGGUGAGGCACUUGGCGGGAUGUUCCCUCUAAACCCUUCAGUGAGCGGUGUGUAUGCUCACACACACUCCUCAAAAGCACACUCGCAGUCACUGGCCCACAUCAGUCCCUACGGGAGCUUCACGCAAGAUUACAACAGUUCAUCUCUCUACGCUCCCUCAUCCUUCUCACCCAAAUUAUGCAGCAAGAUGAGAUUCUCCCCUUUAGAUACGCGUGAGUGUGUGAACUGUGGGGCCACUGCCACCCCUCUGUGGCGGCGCGAUGGAACGGGCCACUACCUCUGCAAUGCCUGCGGACUGUACCAAAAGAUGAACAGACAGAACAGGCCUCUCAUCCGACCCAAAAAGAGACUGGUCAUCAGUAAGCGAAUAGGAACUCAAUGUGCGAACUGCCAGACCAGCACCACCACACUGUGGAGACGCAACGCCAGCGGAGAGCCCGUGUGUAACGCUUGCGGACUCUAUUUCAAGCUUCACAAUGUGAACAGACCGCUGACUAUGAAGAAGGAAGGCAUUCAGACACGCAACCGUAAAGUGUCCAGCAAGAGCAGAAAAGGGAAGAAGUUUAGCCCUCCAGAGGAGAAUCUCUAUUGGGAUUUUUCGAAGAAUCCUGCCUCUGAUCAGUAUUUCGACAUGUAUCCUCAGAGUCCUGGAGCUCUGGGGGUCUAUAGUCAUUCUUCCCAUUCACUGCCGCCCACAGCUGCCUUCUACAGCCAUGCCACCCUGCCCUACCCAUACCACCCGUCGGCUGCCAUCCUACCCAGCGUGAUGUGAGAGGAACUGGACAAAAGACUAUGUACAAAACACUCACAACUGCCCAGCCACCUGUUCAGAUACUCAUCAUAAACAUACUUGAAAACUUUACAGAUGUGAAUGC